GAGGAGGGGAGUGCUGGAGCGAGGAGGGGGGUCGCGGAGGCCAGGCUUUAUAAAGGCGGCUGGAACAGCGCUGCCCGCCAGACCCGCCGAACGGAUCCCCAGCGCUGCCCGCCGCCCCACGUGACCGCGCAGUGCCCCAGCUCCACCGCCUAGCCCGCUGGCCAUGGCCCUCUUUGGGGCCCUCUUCCUAGCGCUGCUGGCAGGCGCUCACGCGGAGCUCCCGGGCUGCAAGAUCCGCAUCACCUCCAAAGCGCUGGAAUUGGUGAAGCAGGAAGGGCUGCGCUUUCUGGAGCAAGAGCUGGAGACCAUCACCAUCCCAGACCUGCGGGGCAGAGAGGGCCACUUCUACUACAACAUCUCUGAGGUGAAGGUCACGGAACUACAGCUGACAUCUUCUGAGCUCCAUUUCCAGCCGGAGCAGGAGCUUAUGCUACAAAUCACCAAUGCCUCCUUGGGACUGCGCUUUCGGAGACAACUUCUCUACUGGUUCUUCUAUGAUGGAGGCUAUAUCAAUGCCUCGGCGGAGGGUGUAUCCAUCCACACGGGUCUGCAGCUCUCCCAGGAUUCCACUGGUCGGAUGAAAGUGUCCAAUGUCUCCUGCCAGGCCUCUGUUUCCAGAAUGCAUGUGGCCUUCGGUGGGACCUUCAAGAAAGUGUAUGAAUUUCUCUCAACGUUCAUCACCUCCGGGAUGCGCUUCCUCCUCAACCAGCAGAUCUGCCCCGUGCUCCACCACGCAGGAAUGGUCUUGCUCAACUCCCUCCUGGACACUGUGCCUGUUCGCAGUUCUGUGGAUGAGCUUGUAGGCAUUGACUACUCCCUCCUGAAGGAUCCUGUGGUCUCGACCAGCAAUCUAGACAUGGAAUUCCGGGGAGCCUUCUUCCCCCUGACCGAGGGAAACUGGAACCUUCUCAACCGGGCGGUGGAGCCCCAGCUGCAAGAGGAGGAGCGGAUGGUGUAUGUGGCCUUCUCUGAAUUCUUCUUUGACUCUGCUAUGGAGAGCUACUUCCGGGCAGGGGCCCUGCAGCUGUCUCUGGUGGGAGAUAAGGUGCCCCACGAUCUGGACAUGCUGCUGAGGGCCACCUACUUUGGAAGCAUCGUCCUUCUGAGCCCUGCCGUGAUUGACUCCCCGCUGAAGCUGGAGCUGCGGGCCAUAGAUCCCCCUCGUUGCACCAUCAAGCCCUCGGGCACCAGCAUCUCUGUCACAGCCAGUGUCACCAUCGCCCUGGUCCCACCCGACCAGCCCGAGGUCCAGCUUUCCAGCAUGAUCAUGGACGCCCGGUUCAGCGCCAAGAUGGCACUCCGGGGCAAGGCACUGCGCACUCAGCUGGACCUGCGCAGGUUCCGAAUCUACUCGAACCAGUCUGCGCUGGAGUCUCUGGCACUGAUCCCACUACAGGCCCCGCUGAGGACCAUGCUGACGAUCGGGGUGAUGCCGAUGCUCAACGAGCGCACCUGGCGUGGGGUGCAGAUCCCCCUACCCGAGGGGAUCAACUUUGUGCAUGAGGUGGUGACAAACCAUGCGGGCUUCCUCACCAUCGGGGCCGACCUCCACUUCGCCAAAGGGCUGCGAGAGGUGAUUGACAAGAACCGACCUGCCAAAGCCAGGGACCCCCAGGCAUCCAGUCCCCCUCCGCCCUCCUCCACGGCAGCUGUCUGAGCCCUCAACCCCAACCCUGGCAGCUUCCAUUCAGGACUCCACCCUUCUCAACCCUUCCCUCUUCCCCUGCCCAGCCUGUACUGUCCCCUUUGGUCCCCAGUGCCACAGAGAAGAUGGGUUUGAAGCUGUGCCCAAUUUAAUUCCAUAAUCAGUCCAUCCUGUAGUCCGUCCACCCCUCCCCGCCCUCCCCCACCCCUCACCUUGGGCUGCCCAGGGAGCUCAGCUGGGGCCCUGGGAUAGGAUCCACACGUCAACAAGGGCAUUUAAGCAGGGAGGGGACAAGCCAUGCCCUCCGGGUACUGCUAUAGGAAUAAAGUGCUAACUUGUC